UCAGAACUAUGUCCUUAUGACAGUGAACGAGAAGAUGGCUAAGAUGAGCGGCGGCAUAUCUAGAGGGCCCAUGAAGGGGCCUAUCAUGACCCCACGUGCUUCCAGUCGAUCUCGAGGAUCCUUGGGACCGUUGUUGAUGAUCUCAGAACCCGAGGGUUCUCAAUCGGAUUGCGAUCCGCCUGACGUGUCCCACUCAAGGACCCCAAUGACACGAAGGGUGCGGACGUUAUCAUUUGAUCCAAUUAGAAGCGGCGAUCGUGACCAAGUGUCCUUAGUUAAACCAAGCUCGUGGAGUCGGACUUGGAUGAUUUUGAGUGGCCUAAUGUUAGUGUCCUCUGGAUGGGCGGAUGCCACAGCUUUGGCCUCGCCCAAAGUGGGUGCAGGAUCGUAUCAAAGUGAAUCAUUACACAAAGUCUACCCUUGGUCGGAGUCCGCUCCAAUCAAACGGAGCGCUCCUCAGGAGGGCCCUCAUUAUGAAGCCUUCGACGUGAACCUGGAUCAUGAAGACACAAAACAUUCGCGAGUGGGACGACAGGCGGACGUGCCACCAAAAAGGUUGCUCACCUUUCCUGAUGCAAAAAUUACCGCCAUCCGCUUGAAUGCCGUGAGCAAGGAUGUGUCCUACCAGGACGAUGGCACAAUUAAGGCCCUUCGCGGAAAAGACCUCGAUCUGACUGUCUACGGAAUUGGUCUAACCAACGAGACGCUUGUGAAGCUUACCACUGCUCAAGCCGAAUUCGGCCAGCCUUGUAAGUCGGAUAAUUAUCACGUGCAGACCAGGGCCUUCGAUAUCGAGGUGAAUGAGGACGGAACUUCCGCACGAUUGGAAUUGCUGGGUGAGCGAGUCGAUCAGACCGAUGGCGUGUUCUUCUUUUGUGUGCGGAGUGACGACAGCACCGAUUACAUCCAUCAGGGCACAGGACGCUACGUGUCCAUUGACAUCUAUCAAAUGCUCUUGCCUUUGUGGAUCAUGGUCGUGUUCAUUGUUGUCCUACUGUCCCUCUCUGGUUUGUUUUCGGGUUUGAAUCUCGGCCUCAUGGCCUUGGAUCAGACCGAGCUGAAGAUUGUCCAAAACACGGGAUCACCCAAGGAGAAAGGCUAUGCCAACAAGAUAGCACCGAUUCGCGCUCAUGGCAAUUUUUUGCUCUGUAGCCUUCUUCUUGGAAACGUCUUGGUGAACAACACCCUGACCAUUCUCCUGGACACAUUGACCUCUGGCCUUGUGGCUGUGAUUGGUGCUACCAUGGGUAUCGUCGUCUUUGGCGAGAUCAUUCCGCAAGCCAUUUGCUCAAGACACGGUCUGGCUGUUGGUGCUUACACCAUCCUGCUCACGAAAUUUUUCAUGGUCGUCACUUUCCCGCUCUCCUAUCCGAUCUCGAAAUUGCUGGAUGUGGUGCUCGGUGCUGAGAUUGGCACGGUGUACAACAAGAUCAAACUCAUCGAGCUUCUCCGAGUGACCAACGAAAGUAACGAUUUGGAGAAGGAAGAGGUGGACAUUGUCACGGGUGCUUUGGUGUACAAGGAUAAGACAGUCCGAGAUGUCAUGACCAAAUUGGACGACGUUUUCAUGCUUCCAACCACGGCUGUCCUGGAUUUUGAUACUGUGUCGCAAAUCCGAGAACAUGGCUACUCCAGGAUUCCAGUGUAUGAAGGUGGCGAUUCCAAGAACAUUGUGCACAUCCUCUUUGCCAAGGAUCUCAUGUUUGUGGAUCCCGACGACAAGAUGCCGUUGACUAUGCUCUGCGAGUUCUACAACAACGAGGUGAAUUUCGUGUUCCAUGACACUCCGUUGAAUGUCAUGUUCAAUGACUUCAAGUCUGGGGACAAGGGACACAUGGCCUUUGUCAAGGAGAUCAAUAAUGAAGGCGACGGAGAUCCAUUCUACGAGACAAUUGGCCUGGUCACUCUCGAGGACAUCAUCGAGGAGAUCAUUCAGCAAGAAAUCGUGGAUGAAACCGACGUGAUCCUGGAUAACCGAACUAAAAAGCGUCGAAAAAAGGAAUGGAAAGCCAUGGACGGUGGUUUUCCAAUCAGUGCGGAAGAUCCCAAACGCAAGACGUACGUCUCUCCCCAGUUGGUUUUGGCUGUUUUCCAAUACCUAGCCACGUCGAUCGAACCCUUCAAAGGACCCUAUAUAAUGGACUCUGUCCUAAAGAAACUGCUUAGUUUGGAUAUCUUCCGAGAGAUCAAGAUCAAAAAAGAAAAGAGUAGACGACCCGAGGAUGAGUUGGUGAUCAUCCAAAAAGGACAACCCAUCGACUUCUUUAUCUUGAUUGUCGAAGGUCGUGUCGAGGUUAAUAUUGGCCGCGAGGAGCUCGUUUUUGAGAGUGGCCCCUUCACGUACUUUGGAAUCCAGGUUUUGACCCAAAUCCUACAAGAGCCACCCAAAGCCUCACCUGCUUUGAACCGAGCCAUGCACACAUCGCUCAGUCACAGUGACAAUGUGGCCUCAAGUAUUCGUGCGAGUAUACGAAAAGCGAGCACCUCAGCGGCCUCCGUGAUCGAUAUCACCAACAAAUCUGACGUGGGACGCCGAAACACCAUGGCCAAUGUGUCGGCCGCUACGAUCACAGAGGGGGUGGCUACCCCUGUGGGCGCCUUGGCCUCGUCCCGACAUGGAUCCUCUAACCUGAAUAGUCAAAACAAUAAUGUCCAGGCACCGUUUGUGCCUGACUACACCGUGAAGGCGGUCAGUGACGUUUUGUAUCUGCGGAUCAAAAAAUCAUUGUUUUUGGCUGCUGCCAAGGCCACCGCAAUGACCAACAAGGCCAUCAGCUCGGGAGGAACACAUGGGGAUGUCAACGAAAACGCCUUGGAUCAUUAUCUCGAGAGUGUCAACGAAGAUGACGGAGCCUUUGAUCAUGACAUCAUGAUGGUACGCAACCCAUCGGUUCGAUCCCCUGACAAAGUGAUCGAGGCUUUGGCCCGACAAGUGACGCCAUCGAUCGAUCGGAAACAAGUGCUCGAAGACAAGCCCCUUAUCAUCAAGAAAGUAGCCACCACGGAUAACCACGUGGCCAAUGAAGGCUCCUCCGCUCUGAAUGCCAAGCCGAGUAGUGGCGUCAAGGAGUUCUGGGGCGAUUCUUCCACGUUCAGCGACUCCAAGGAGGACAAAGCCGACGAGUAUGACUUGGAUAGCGACUCUCUACCUUUUAUCGACAAAACAGCCAUGUCUGACGUCAGUGGAGGUGGCCCUGGAAACAACGGUCCCAACUCUUUGCCCAGUGCGGGCGAGGUGGCCUCCACAGCUGGCGACACUACUCAUUCCAAGGAUAAUAACUCCGGUGAGACCUAGUAAGGGCUUACCAGAUCCCCAACAACAACUACAAGGAAAACAACAACAACAACAACAACGUUAGCUGAGCGAGGAAGUGAAUCGAAAAACAGUCGUUGACAGCCAACGAUGACGACGCCAAGUUUGCGUGAUUUUUUUUCUUUGGGACGGAGGUUCACUUAGAUUUAGAGCCAUUGUCGCCUCUAUUUGAUUUGUGUUCCAAGGGGACUUUUUUGUACGCCAUCAUGCUUCCUCUAUGAUUGAUUCCGUUGCUUUUGCUCUGUUGAUGGAUAUUAUCAUUAUAUCAUGAUUGCUACUUGUGCCCCAAAUCUUACGCGGUCUGUAGGUGCGCUGAUCUCUUCACUUACGUUGUAGAAGUGAGGAUGUUCUUCAUUCCCCGAAAGACAAGUUCCUUUGAUACUUUUGAUUACAAAUGCACCUUCUUCAUGGUUAACCCACCCUCAACUUUCAGCUUGCGCUCUAUCAGUUUCCGUGUCCCAUUUUGAGGGUCCACGUUUCACUCAACCCUCAGUCCUGUCUACCAUCUCUAUAUGCUCGUGGUCGCAAGUAUUUCUUUAGUUAUGGUCAAUGUUCUCGGGUGCCCUUGUAUUGUCACCAAACAGCAAGUGUCCUAAAAAACAUGAGAAAAGGCUUAGAAACUUCUAACACUCCAUUGUUAAAGCUCAAAAACGACCGAGAGAGGCACUUCAGCCCUCUAUUCUGCUCUCUCUGCCUCUUCUUGUAUCUGUCUCUCUCUCAUGCCGAGAAGUCCGAAAGAAAGAAUAGCUCUCUUGUUUGUUCAACUAUCCUUCAUUUUGAAUCCUAAAUAUCAGCAAACGAAGGCAACAGCUGCUGUUUCCUCGCUUCAUAUUUCGGCCUGCUUUCCUCGGCUCCACCGCAUCAAAAACGAAACAAAUAAGUAACUACUGGCCUCACUUUCACGCUAGAAUUCUGCACACCCAUUCACCCUUCAUAUUGAUUGCAAGUAGACACCGCCUCAAAAAAGACAAGGUUAACCCUUUCUUCUAUCCAAUGUGUACUCUGAGAGACUCGAUUCAUCAGAGCAUCCAGCUAUAAAUCUCCUUCUACCCAGGAUUCACUUAGGGGUUAGAUGGAAAAGCCAAUUCCAUUGGAUCUUCCUUUUUUGGAAAUGAUUGGUCGGAACCCUUUGGAUGGUUUAGAGACCCAACGAAGAUACAUUCUUAAAAAUAUCUCAGAUACGUUUCCGAAAUUCAUUCUGAUUUCAGUUUUCUUCGACUGUUGUUCUGGCCUAAUUAUCUCUAUCCAGACAGAGAGAGAGCGCAAUGGUAAUAAUAGCCACUGCAUGACAACCCUUUUCACCAGAUUGGUUUUGCCUCUGGGUAUGACGCCUUUCCAGCUUUCCAAAUUUAGGACAACAAAAUCUCUUAUUCAUCAUCUCCAUCCACCUCUUCGUUUUGCUGUGUAGACCCCUCGCUCGAUACUUGACUCCAUAGCUCUUGUUGUACAGUUUAAUCCCCCAUUCUGGAAGCGACCCAAAAAUAUCUUCCUCAAGCCUUGCUUCAUUUGGAAUUAGACAUGUUGAUGAAAGUAAUAACAGCAACAAAAAUACAUUUGCUCCUCUUUUCUCGAUGACCUUGCCCAUCCAGACAAAGUAUAUACAAGAAGAUAAGACAUAUAGCUCUAUAGAUAUAUCAAUAAAUGAAUACUUAUAUUUAUGAUGCUACCAAUUACAUACACACCUGAUGUUACGAGACGACACCAAUAAUACAGAAUAAAUCAUAAAUAUCAUUUGAA